GGACCCUGUAAGGUCUGAGGCUGCCGGUGCGUUUCAUGUGGGGGUUGAAGAGGCCUUUUCGUUCCUAAUUGCCCGUAGCGAGUAACAGAGCUUUGCCUUCUUGAAGGUUGCGGCCUCCGACCGUGAGACUGAAAUAAGAGUCUUUGCGAACACGCGGAGGUCGUCGGGCUGAUGGCGACUAGAACCUAACCGGCCGCACGCAGGCGCAGUGUGAUUGGCUGGAGCCGAGCGGUGGCCGCCCCGACGCGUGCCGGCCUCGCCCCCUGGCUGUCGGGCCCGGCUCCCGGCCGCCGGAGCUCGGUGGAUUCUGCGUCUGCGCCGCCCGCAGCAGCCGCAGCCAUGGCGGCAGAGGCCUCCCCAGAGCCCGACACCGCCGAAGUGUUGCCGCAGCACAAGUUCGACAGCGGGGCCUUAGAGGCCUACCUAAGCCAUCACUUGCCCGGCUUUGCGGCCGAGCCCGAGGCCACGCUGACCAUUGCCCAGUACAGAUCAGGACAGUCCAAUCCAACCUUUUAUCUCCAGAAAGGCUCUCAAGCCUAUGUACUCAGAAAAAAACCACCUGGUUCACUACUUCCUAAAGCACAUAAGAUUGAUAGAGAAUUCAAAGUCCAGAAAGCUUUGUUUUCAGUUGGAUUCCCCGUUCCCAAACCUUUAUUGUACUGCAGUGAUCCUUCUGUCAUUGGAACAGAAUUUUACAUGAUGGAACAUGUGCAGGGUCGAAUCUUUCGUGAUUUCACAAUUCCUGGUGUUAGCCCAGCAGAACGGUCAGCCAUAUAUGUGGCCAUGAUAGAAACCUUGGCUCGGUUACAUUCCUUGAAUGUACAGUCAUUGCAGCUGGAAGGAUAUGGUAGAGGUGCUGGCUACUGCAAAAGACAGGUAUCAACCUGGACAGAACAAUAUCAAGCUGCAGCUCAUCAGGAUGUCCCUGCCAUGAACCAGCUAUCUGACUGGCUAAUGAAAAACUUGCCAGAUAAUGACAAUGAAGAAAAUUUGGUUCAUGGAGAUUACAAACUAGAUAACAUUGUUUUCCACCCUACAGAGUCUCGAGUUAUAGCUGUAUUGGAUUGGGAGCUUUCAACCAUUGGUCAUUCUUUGUCGGACUUAGCUCAUCUCUCUCUGUUCUACUUUUGGCCAAGGAGCGUUCCAUGGAUAAACCAAAAUUCUAAUUUUCAAGAAAACAAAGGGAUACCAUCAAUAGAAGAACUGAUUUCAAUAUAUUGCCACUGCAGGGGAAUUAACUCUGUUCUUCCUAACUGGAAUUUCUUUCUUGCCCUUGCAUAUUUUAAAAUGGCUGGAAUAGCACAGGGUGUAUAUAGUAGAUAUCUUCUGGGAAAUAAUGCAUCUGAGAAUAGCUUUCUGUUUGCCAAGAUUGUGCAACCUCUGGCAGAAACUGGAUUACAACUCUCAAGAAGAACUUUCAGUACUACACCACCACAAAUUGAUACUUCCCCACAGUUGUUUGCACAGAGUAAGACUGGCCAGGAAGUUCUUGCUAGGGUGAAGCAUUUCAUGAAACGACACAUCCUUCCAGCUGAAAAGGAGGUAAUUGAGUUCUGUGUUCAAAACGAAAAUUCAGUGAACAAAUGGAAAAAACCUUUAGUGAUUGAUAAACUUAAGGAAAUGGCUAAAGCAGAAGGCCUCUGGAACUUGUUUUUGCCAGCUGUAAGUGGUCUCAGCCAGGUGGACUAUGCCUUGAUUGCUGAAGAAACAGGAAAAUGCUUUUUUGCUCCAGAUGUCUUUAACUGCCAAGCACCAGACACAGGGAACAUGGAAGUGCUCCACCAAUAUGGAAGUGAAAAGCAAAAGCAGCAGUGGCUCGAGCCUCUUCUUCAAGGGAACAUUGCCUCCUGCUUCUGUAUGACAGAGCCCAAUGUAGCUUCAAGUGAUGCCACAAACAUUGAAUGUAGCAUCCAACGAGAUGGAGACAGCUAUGUAAUUAAUGGCAAGAAAUGGUGGAGCAGUGGAGCUGGAAAUCCAAAGUGCACAAUUGCAAUUGUUUUGGGAAGAACUAAAAAUGCCUCUGCAACCAGAUACAAACAACACAGCAUGGUUCUUGUUCCUGUCAACACACCUGGUGUAGAAAUAAUAAGGCCUUUGUCAGUUUUUGGCUACAUAGAUAAUUUCCAUGGAGGACAUUUUGAGAUCCAUUUUAAUCAAGUACGAGUUCCUGCCACCAAUUUAAUACUAGGUGAAGGUAGGGGAUUUGAAAUUGCCCAAGGCCGCCUUGGGCCUGGCAGGAUCCACCACUGUAUGAGAACAGUAGGUCUGGCAGAACGGGCUUUGCAGAUUAUGUGUGAUCGAGCAACACAAAGGGUGGCCUUUAAGAAGAAACUGUUUUCACAUGAGGUUGUGGCUCACUGGAUUGCCGAAAGCCGCAUUGCCAUUGAGAAGAUACGUCUGUUGACCCUGAAAGCCGCCCACAGCAUUGACACUUUGGGCAGCGCUGCCGCUAAGAAGGAGAUUGCAAUGAUUAAAGUGGCUGCCCCUAGGGCUGUCUGCAAAAUUAUUGACCGGGCAAUCCAAGUAUGUGGAGGUGCAGGCGUUUCCCAGGAUUUCCCUCUGGCUAAUAUGUAUGCCCUAACUCGGGCUCUGCGCUUAGCAGAUGGGCCUGAUGAAGUCCACCUCUCAACAAUCGCAGCAAUGGAGCUGCGGGAUCAAGCCAGAGACGCGAAGUCCAAGAUGUAGGGGGCGGCGGCGUCUCACCAGACACUUCACCGGCUCUGGCAUUUGUGCCUUGUUCCAGCUUUGCACCAGUGUGAGCACAGGCUUAAUUACUCAUGUUCAGUAAAGAUCUGAGCAUCUGUUUUGAUCAUUGGGUAUUAUAAUUUCAAGGGUCACAAAGGUUUAAGUUAAAUAAGAAAUUCUAUAGCUGCCAUCAUUUAGCUUAUUACCAUGUGUUAGGCUUUAUUUUUCAAACACUCAACUUGUAAAGAAAUAAUGAAGUAAACUGGAGAGCUAAACCAUAGGCAUAAACAUAUCUUCACUUACUGAUUCCCAAGAAUUGUUCCAUUUGAGUAAAUAUUCAAGGAGUUAUUGCUUGUAUAAACUAUGGUGGGCUUUAAGGGGUAGUUGAACACUUUGUAGUACUACCAUAUUUGCACUGGAGAAAGACACGUGGCUGAUAGAAUCACUUUAGAAUUCAGAGAAGCCUUUUCCUAAUUCAAUAGAAAGCAUUUAUACAUAAAAUCUGAUACAGUUUCAAGUUUGCUAUAAAACAUGCAUAGGGAUCCCUGGGUGGCGCAGCGGUUUGGCGCCUGCCUUUGGCCCAGGGCACGAUCCUGGAGACCCGGGAUCGAAUCCCACAUCGGGCUCCCGGUGCAUGGAGCCUGCUUCUCCCUCUGCCUGUGUCUCUGCCUCUCUCUCUCUCUCUCUCUCUGUGUGACUAUCAUAAAUAAAUUUUUAAAAUGAAUAAAUAAAUAAAACAUGCAUAUUAUGAAAAAAUAUUAAGAAAAAAUUUAAUUAAGUAUACUAUGUUGAUGAGAACAGUGGGUAGUUUAAGCUACAAAAAGUUCUUUAAUUUUGAGAAGACCUUACAAACUGUCUUCUCAGAAUGCCACCCUGUUAAUAUCAACCUCCUAAGCAAACAUCCUCGUAGCUCUUUAAAUCAGUGCUGCCCAAGAUAAUGGCCACUGGCCACAUGUGACUCUUGGGCACUUUAAUUGUGCCUAGUGCAACCGAGGAACUUUUGAUUGUUGAGAAUUUUAAUUAAAUACUGAUUCUUAACUCAGUUACUGGGAAACUUUUAAGUAUGCUUUGCAAUAACUUGGGUAUGUGAAUUGACUUUAUCAAAUGUAAAUUUUAUGAAGUCUAAGUACAGUAUUUUGGCUGAAAAUUUAGCAUCCAAAUUAAGAAACAGAGUAAGUGUAAAAUGCAUACCAAAUUUUGAUGACUUAGUAUGAAAAAAAGGUAAAAUAUCUCAGUACUUUUUAAGUAGUGAUUACAUAUCGAAAUGAUGAAAUGCAAAUAUAAGGCAUACCUUGUUUUAUUGUGCUUCACUUUUUGAACUUCUUAUAAAUUAAAGGUUUGUGGCAACUCUGCAUCAAGCAAGUCCAUGCCAUUUUUCCAACAGCAUUUACUCACUUCAGGUCUCUGUGUCACAGUUUAAUAAUUCUUUCAGUAUUUCAAAGUCAUCCAUUAUUAUUACAUUUGACCUGCUGCAAUCUCAUGAUUAAACUGGAAUGGAUGAGGUGCUGCUUCUUACGGAUGAGCAAAGAAAGUCGUUUCUUGAGGUAAAUCAAGAUGCUGUGAAAAAAAAAAAUCAAGAUGCUGUAAAGAUUGUUGAAAUGA